AUGGUCCCAUCAUCGGCCCUUCGAGAAACCAUUGUCCUCGUCAUCUUCGGCAUCGUCCUCGUGCCAAUAGCUGCAAAGCGUGCUCAGGAUGCACCCGGCUACUGGAAGGCUUUCGCCGCCAACGCACAGCAGUCUUUGAUCUACCACGACGACCGGCAAUCGCCGAACUCAGCCUUCAUGCUGACGACAACCUGCGACGACGCUGUAUCCCCCCGUCUCCCCACAGAGCCGUACACAAUGCAAAAUGAAACCGCGUCGGUGGAUUCGGUGGCUACAGAGAGUCGCCCAGCAUCCAAAGGACCGUUAACGAUUCGGUUCCGAAUGUCGAAGUCUGAAACAGCAGCCCAUGCUACCGUGACGGAGAUCGGUGUAAAUACGGAGGCCGCCAAGGUACCAAUGAGGGCAGUGCCAACCGAGGUGGACGUGGCUAUGUCGCCUACCGCUACCACGACCUCCGCUGCCAACAGAGAGCGCUGGACGCUGAUCUGGAUGGGCACUGCGAUCGCGGCUGUCGCGCUCUUCAUGUCCUCCUGCUGA